CAAAACAUGAAAUAAGAUACAAUAUUUUGUUCGUAUUUUACUUUCUAGGUGUUUACAUGCGAUCGGAGUGUGCGCAUAUAAUUCCGGUUUUGCAUGUAUCUGUCAAUUACCUGUCUGAUUAUAGAACAACAUCCAUCGUUGUUUAAACAGUCAACUAUGCCUAAUCCAAGAUGACAACCAACCUCUAUUGAGCUUAGAAUACAGAAAACCCUAGCCGUUCUAUCUCAGAUUUCAAAGCGGCUUCGCACUUCGUUCCUCAUAUUACCACUUUUUCGGAAUAACUUGCCUUCUCUCCCAAUCCAUCUUUCUUUUGUUUUUACACUAUCAAUUGCACUCAUUUGAACAAUUCGUCAAUAUUCGUUCAAUUUGUGAGGUUUAAAAAGCAUAGUUUAUUGGAUUCCGUUGUUUUUUACUUUCUUUUUUCAUUGCCUAUAUUUUCUGCCAUCGUGUCUCAGAACUUUUUAACUCUUAUUGAAGAAACUCGACCAAGAGUUAAAGAAGUACAUGAAAGACUCCCAAGAUCCUCCAGAGCAGCCUGGUCGUCUUCACCUCCGUUUGGAUAUCCCGAGUUCGCCGUUUUCGCAACUCGGAAGUUUGAGACCCAGGCGACCGUCUUUGCAAGGGCGUACGUCUAGUUUCAUUAGUAUACCAGAAGAUGCAUCAAAUGAAUCUAUUACAACGCCGACAUCUCCACAGGCGUCGCUAACCCUGGGCUCUUAUUCCCAAUCUUCACCGAUUGAAACGCAAUGGGAAGAUCUUCUGCCACCCUCAUCACGAGGAGGACCGUGGUACAGGCGUCUAGCUUCAGAAAUCAAACAUGUUUUCAAGUCUUUCAAGGAAGACUGGGGUGCAGCUCAGAAUAGUGUUAAUGUUCGUCAACUUGCUGAUAAUAGGCCAUUGCCAAAAAGAGCAAACUACCUAGGAGACACUGGUAUAACAAAGCCAAAGAAGAGAAGAUUGCGGAUUCCAGGUUUAUCAAGUCGUUCUGCCACAGAUCUCACUUUGCCUCGCGAUGAAUCCUCAAAGAGUUUAUCUACAAUAGCUGCUCUAGCUUCCAAUGCCAUGCACACCGCCGGCGUAACAGCUCCAUCAGUUGCUUAUAACAGUUCUCAUCACGUUUAUUCUCCAAAGCCAACUCAUUCCCGUAGAGGUUCAUCAGUUUGGUUUACAUCUUCCCCUCACCCUCCGCAGUCUCCAGUACAAUCUCGCCCUCCUUUACAGCCCAGAGCCCAUUCGUUUACGGCCCUUUCCGCCUUACGUUCGGAUGCAUCAAGCUUGCGCUCUGAUGGCACCCGUGAAUCUCGUAAGCACAUCGUUGAUGCGCACGAAUUGAAACGUCAAUUAGGUCACUGGCGUCAAAAACUUCUUAAUAAACGUAACAAAAAACCAGAUUAUAUCGUGCAUGCUCAAGAAGAAAGCUCAAAACGAACAUUUAUCGUGGUUUUGUGUUAUGCUAUGAUGUUAUAUGGUGCACCUUCUCAUCGUCUUGAAGAGUAUAUGAUGAAUGCAAUGAAAAAUUGUCAAAUUGAAGGUCGUGUAAAUUACAUUCCGGGUUGUAUGGAAAUUUGCUUUAUCACUCGUCCUACUGAUUCGAAUUCUUACCAAAGUACAACGUAUAACACGCUGGUAAAAGCCGCGGGUUUGGAUAUCGGGAAGCUUGAACGUGUUUUCCGGGUUUAUAAAAGUACUAUACACGAUUUAUAUACAGCUGAGGAAGCGACUAAAAUUCUGACCAGAAUCUUAGAAGAACCAGAGUACUACAAGCCCUGGCAGCUAGUUGUUAUUUAUGGUAUGUCAAGCGCUACGGCUGCUAUAUGGGCUUACGGAGGUCAUUGGCGUGAUAUGGCACCUGCGUUUGUACUCGGAUGCUUUGUAGGUUUCUUGCAAAAUGUGGUUGCUGUUAGGAAUCCACUUUACUCAAACGUUCUUGAAGUUACGUCAAGUCUCGUAACUAGUUUUUGUGCCCGGGCAAUAGCUUCAAUAGGUCCUGCUAGACAGCAAAAGUACUUUUGUUUUUCAAGUGUUGCAGAAAGCAGUAUUACCCUCAUCUUGCCUGGUUAUAUCAUUUUGUGUGGAAGUUUGGAGUUACAGUCACACAGUCUGACCAGCGGCUCUUCAAGAAUGUUUUAUGCUGUUAUUUAUUCCCUGCUCCUUGGUUUUGGCAUUGAUGUUGGAAGUCAACUUUGGGGUUUAGCGACAGACAGAGCUCCUACAUCAUCAACAUGCACAUAUGCGGUUAGCGCUUAUUGGAAGAUUCUGUUUGUUCCACUGUAUCUUGUUUUCCAAGCAGCGGCUAUCCGAGCUGUUCCAAAACAGAUCCCCGUAAUGGUUCUAUUUGGUUCCAUAGGAUACUGUGUGUAUUGGUUUGUCUCACAACGCUCAUCUCCUCAAAUUGCAGACGCUGUAGGUGCGUUUACACUCGGUGUUAUGGCACAUCUGUUUACACGUACAAGGCGCGGGUUCGCUUUUGCUUCUGUUAUCACAGGUAUGAUGUGCCUUGUUCCCAGUGGUAUUGCUGCGCAAGGCGGUCUGUUAGCUGGCUUAACAUUACCGUUGUUUGACAAAGAUGGCGUUAAAGCAUCUACUGAGUACAAAACUCAUCUGUUUGAAAGUUUCAGCUCCGGUGCUCAAAUGAUCCAAGUUGCGAUUGGUCUUAGUGUUGGAUUGUAUGUUAGUGCAUUGCUCGUUUAUCCUUUUGGAAAGAAGAGAACAGCUCUAUUUUCAUUUUAAUCCCCGGUCUAAAGGCGUUACUUAGAGUUCCUCCAUGUACACGUCCGAGUUCAUUCUAUUGGGGAGGCUAAAGUAAGGACAUUAAGAUUCAAUGUUUGUGCUGCUCAUGUCAUCUGUUUGAAGAAUUGUAAUUGUGAACCUUUGGGCAAAAAAUUAAAUAUAUAGAAUAUCAAUAAAUCCAGAAACCAUAAAUGCAGGACCUUGAUUAUCACUUAAAUUUUCUUAUAAAUUUUUAUAUAACUCUGUUUUGAAUAAAUUAAACUAUUUAGCAAUAUUGCACUAAUAUCAAAUUAAAAAAGGGGGUGAAAAAUAAAAUAGAAUUACACUUUAGAUGUUCACAACAAGUUUUUGGUUUAGUUGU